AUGGAACGGGGAAGCUUAUUUUGCAUGUUAAGCCAUGAAGUUGAGGCUCUAGAGUUGGAUUGGACUAAGAGGCUGAAUGUUGUCAAAAGUAUUGCCCAUGCUUUAUCUUACAUGCAUCAUGAUUGUUCCCCACCCAUCAUUCACAGGGACAUAUCAAGCAAUAAUGUCCUCUUGAAUUCACAACUUGAAGCUUCUGUAUCAGAUUUUGGUACCGCUAGACUACUAGAUCCUGAUUCAUCCAUUCAGACUCUUCUUGUAGGCACUUAUGGGUAUAUUGCACCAGAGCUUGCCUACACCAUGACUGUAACUAAAAAAUGCGAUGUGUAUAGUUUUGGAGUGGUGGCACUUGAGACAAUGGUGGGGAAACAUCCAAGAGAAGUUAUCACUUCGUUGUCUUCCUCCUUAGGUCAAGAUAUAUUGUUGAGGGAUGUAUUAGAUCCACGCCUUGCACUUCCAGAAAACCCACAAGUUGCUAAAGAUAUAGUUUUUGUGGUGUUUUUGGCACUUAAAUGCAUCCAUUCAAAUCCACAAUCCCGUCCAACAAUGCAACAGAUAUCCUACAAGCUUCUUGGUGACAUUCCAUUUCCUAAAUUGCCAUUUUAUGCAAUUUCACUUUAUGGACUAAAUUAUGAAGAAAAUGUAAUUUAA